GACACUUUUAUUCAAGAACAGUCCUUUGGUUCAAGAAGCAUGGAAAAUCACAGCUCUUGUGAAUCAUGAAGCCCAGAAGCAAAGACCCAAAAGAAGACAAGUUUGCAACUUCAGCUACCCCAGUAACAAACAGCCAACACUAAUUGUAGAUGUUCUAUUCACCAAAACUGGCAGAAAGUAUGCCACAGUUCCUGAAAAGCACAUCAUGCCAAAGGAAACCUUCAUUUCUUGCAUGAGAUGAAAACUGUACUUCAUAGAAGUUUGGUUUUAAUGAAGGCAGUGUAUCAAAACAUUUUUCAUCUGACCUUGAAAUGGCAACAGGCCUGAUUCACUUUGGUGAUCAGGUUCCACUUCACAGGAAACGGAGAACAAAUUUAAUUUUCUCUUUUAUAAACAUGCACACACACACACACACACUAAUUUAAAUGUGAUCUCCUGUGAUUUGAAUACUACAGGUCUAGCUCAGCACACAGAACUGCUGCCAGCAAAGUGCAAUCUGCUCACUGAAGGCAAGACAGCAUGAAUGGCAGAGGGCAAAAGAGAUCUCAUCCAGCCACCCAGGUCUAAGAGCUGAUACCUGAGCCACUAACUGAGGUUUUCUACCGUUCUCCUAAUUUAUGGCCACAUGGAGUCUUAGUCUGCAGGGAGUGAAUGUAUAUGGCUGCAUAGCCACAUAAAAUACCUGCUUCACUGUAAAGAAGACAUAAAUACAUUUCAUUUGUACUGCUCUUUGCUCAAAGCAAUAUCAAAGGGAGAAGCAGAAUUGCAUGUUUUCAGCUUUAAGAAGAUCUCUGCAAACAUGGCAUCUGAACACACCAGCAAUUUUACUACUCAACCAGGCCACACAGACCCAUUUACAACCUGCAAAAAUGAAGAUUUCUCAGAGGGGAAAUACUACCUCACUGCCUUUUACAGCCUAAUCUUCGUGCUGUGCUUCCCAGCAAACAUCAUGACAAUUUUUGUUUACUUUGUCAAGAUGAGGCCCUGGAAAAGCAGCACCAUCAUUAUGUUCAACCUGGCUAUCACUGACCUAUUAUAUUUAGCCACGCUUCCUUUCUAUAUACACUACUCUUUUAAUGGAAAUAACUGGAUUUUUGGAGACUUCAUGUGCAAGUUUAUUCACUUUGGUUUCAACUUCAACAUGUACAGUGGUAUUAUCUUCCUUAGCUGCUUCAGCGUCUUACGCUUUUUUGUAGUUGUCUACCCAAUUAAAUUCUUUUUUGUUAAAAAACGGAGAUGGGCAGUGGUGACUUCUGUAGUUGUUUGGAUGAUUUCCCUGGCCACCAUCAGCCCCCUGGGCAUCUUGAUUGCCACAAGGCAUACGCAGAACAAGACAAUGUGUCCUGACCUGUCUACUGCUGUGGAUCUUGAAACUAGUCGAUGGUAUAGCUGGCUGCUGAUGAUGUUUGCCUUCCUAUUGCCCUUGCUUACUGUGACUCUGUGCUAUGUGCUCAUUAUUUACACCUUAGCCACUGGAUCACACACACAGGCUUGCUACAAACAGAAGGCUCGCAGACUUGCCAUUGUCAUCUUGGUGCUCUUCUAUGCAUGCUUCCUCCCCUUCCACAUCUUUCGAGGAAUUCGCCUGGAGAUCCGAGCACGACCGGUUAGCUGCCACUUGAAUAACUUGAUCCAUAAUAUGUAUAAUAUUGUUAAACCUUUAGCAGCAUUAAAUACCAUUGCAAACCUCCUGUUCUAUGUAGUGACAGUAGACAACUUCCAGAAAGCAGUCCUCUCCCUCCUCAAGUUACUGAGAAACAGGUACUUGAAGAGAUUGAUGCCAUAAAAGUUACGGAAGAAGUGUCCAAACCUGCCCUCAACUAGCCAGGUACAACCUCCCUGCCAUCAGGGUACUCAGAUUAACCCUUCCAAUGCCAAAGGGGAGUUAAUCUGUUCUGUGUUUUGAGUUACAAAUUGAUCAUCAAAGAGAAAACUUAUAAAAUAAAAAGCUUUAAAUAAAAUACUAAAAAAUUAAAUGUGAAACUUCUCAGAUUUUUUUCUGCAUUUGCUUCCAGAAUCCUUGGUGUCUCUUUUGGAGAGUGCACAACAGUUCUAGAAAAAAUAUUUGCUUAUUCGUGGCUGAUACAGAUUCAGGGUGGGAGUAAUUUAAUUUAAUUUUAGAAACUUAGAAGAUAAGUGUCUAGUUUAAGCUGGGUGCCUGCCUGUGACUCAUUUCCUAAGCAAUGGAGAUGGAUAAUCUAUGAUUUUAUGAUUCUAUAAGACACUCCAGAGGGUUCAUCACACUUGUCUUAGACCUGUGGGAGGUUCAACUCACCUCCCUGGAGACAUUCUCAGUGUAGGUGUAUGCAUAUAAGCUAAUCACCCCAUCCUCCUUGUACAAUUUCCCAAUUAAGUUGAGAGAAACAAGCAGGUUUAGAGUGUGAUUCACCUAAUUAUUCUUCAUGCCUGCAUUUGGACAAGACAAUUCAUGACCUAGAAGUGCCUUUUUCUCUCCAUGGACCAUGGGUAAGGUAAGUAGAUCAGACAUGGAUGCAAACGUUCAUGCCUGUUACAUAGCUGAGGCCCAGCUCGAGUACAGAGUGCAAUGGAACACUCUCCAAAGGUGGCUAAAAGAGGGGCUUACGCAAUAAGACCCUAUUAAGCACUUCCAGCGAUCACUAAAGAUUAAUGGUACAAUAAUACAAGACUACUCCUAUAAGGGUUUAUCCAUAUGACUAGAUGUGAUUUCUGGAUUAAUUGUAGUCCAGAGGUGAGAAGUGAAUGAAUGCAUAAAUGUGCCAUAUCCACAGAAUCACGGAAUAGUUUGGGUGGGAAGGAAACUUCAAAGGUCAUCUGGUGCAACGCCCCUGCAAUAAGCAGGGACAUCUUCAACUGUUCCAGGUUGCUCAAAGCCCCAUCCAACCUGACCUCGAAUGUUCCCUUGGGUGGGGCACCUACCACCUCUCAGGGCAACCUACUCCAG